AAAUUACUGCCGCCAGUUCUUGGUUUAUUGACUUGCACAUUUACCAAUUCAAUUUUUACCCGCACACUGAGCUGGUGUGCCGCCGUACAGUAAACACACAGUGAAGGAGGAUAAUUCGCUCUUUUAAUUAAAACUAUUGUGCUAAGGCUUGAUAUGAUUAAAGUGAACUUGAAGACACCACAGAAGCUGCACUGCAUCCCGUUUUCAGUGUUAAAUAAGUAGAUAGCCGAUUUUGUCUAACAAUGGUGUUUUAUUCCUUUGUGAUAUUUUUCGUUACAGUGACGAUCAAUAUUCAUAUGGUAGACCUGCUGAGGUUAACCAACUUCUACGUACCUCGAAGGGCAUCCAAUCAGGUAGAGAUCGACUGCAAGUAUGACGUGGAAGGCAAAAAAUUGUACGACGUGAAAUGGUACAAAGAUGGCCAGCAGUUCUUCAGGUGUGCGGGUGAUGGCACCGUCAACGAAUUUGAAGUCGAUGGGGUUAUGGUUCUCCAUCCACGAUCUGCCUCGGUGGGAGCUUGUCCUUUGACGCUGAUCGUUUUGACCACCAAGUCGUCUGGGGAAUACAAGUGUGAGGUUACUUUAGACACGGACGGCUUUCCAAUGGUGUGGCAGAGUUCCAGGCUCGAUUUUCUGUUACCGCCGAAGAGACAUGAUCCCGAAAUUGUUCCGCAAGGUUCCGAAAGACGUACGUCAGAAGAAGAAACAGAAACAGAGAAACAUACGUUAGAAAAAGAAGCAGAAACCAAAGCAGGUUGCAAGGGCUUAAGUAGUAAUAUUAUAUUACUAUUAAUAAUGUACUUUAUAUUUACUUAAAUAAAUGCUUUACGACC